CAUUGUGUUCGGUAAAAUUAGUGUGAUUGUUUAACUAUUUCGGCAACAGCUGUGUCCAUUUCUCUGACAAUUUAGUUUUUACGUUCAUUUAAUUUAAAUUGAGUUGUGUGCACGUUUUAGUUAAUUAAACACAAGAUUAUGCGGCGUUACUGGCAAAGCUCAUUGCCACUGCUCCAGCGCUGCUGGCCGAGCUCUGUGCCGCCGGCUGCCUUGGCCAACAGACGCACAGUGGUCACAGAUGCGCCACCCGAGGAGUUGGAUGCCUUCGAGCGGGAGUAUAUGAAGCAGCGCAUACAUACAUCACCAUUUCAAAAGCUGCUACUCGGCGCGGGCUCAUCCAUAGCAGCUCUACUGGAUCCGCGAAGGCACGACAUGAUUGCCUGUCUGGGUGAAACCACGGGAGAGAGUGCGCUUUGGAACAUUUUGGACAGCAUGCAGAGCAGCGAGGAGGGUCGUCGCAUUCUUGCCGAGAAGCCGCGCAUCAACACCCAGACCAUUGAUUUCAAUCGUUUGGAGGCGUUGCCGCCCGACACAUUUGGUGCCACUUAUGCCAAGUUUCUUAAAGAUAACCAAGUGACCCCUGAUUCACGCAUGGAAGUUCGCUUCCUGGAUGACCCAAAGUUGGCCUAUUUGAUGACUCGUUAUCGCGAAUGUCAUGAUCUCGUACACACAGCACUAAACAUGCCAACUAAUAUGCUGGGCGAAGUGGCGGUUAAAUGGGUGGAGGCCCUAAAUACUGGGCUGCCCAUGUGCUAUGGAGGUGCCGUGUUUGGAGCCGUUCGUCUGCGUCCCAGGCAACGUCGAGAGUACUUGAAGCGCUAUUUGCCGUGGGCCAUUGAAAAUGGCAAACAAAUGAAGCCAUUGAUGCCCGUCUACUGGGAGCAGCGUUGGGAGCAAAAUGUGAAUGACUUACGCGCAGAAUUGGGCAUUAAGAUGUUGCAAUAAACAUAUUUUGAUUUUAAA